AUGUCACAAACACUAAUAGCUCCCUCGCGCAUCGACACGGUCCUUGCUGUCGAGCCGGAAGGGCAACAGGAAGCCAGUGCGGCACUGCAAGCUAUUUCAAGAGGAGGCCCUACGUUGGGUGGGAUUCCGUCAUACACAUCAGUUGAGGCGCAAAGACAUGCGAUGCUAGAACAUAUGGCUGGCGCAUUUAGAGUCUUUGCGCGCCGAGGGUACGAUGAAGGGUUGGCCGGCCACAUCUCACUUCGAGACCCCGAGCAUCCUAAUGCUUUUUGGACCAAUCCAUUCGGUCGUCAUUUUGCACUUCUCAAAGCGCAAGAUAUGAUACUGGUGAAUGAGGCCGGGGAAGCGAUUGGGGGUAACAAUAAGCAUCCUGUCAACGCCGCUGGCUUCCUUAUCCACUCUGCACUCCAUAAGCGUCGACCGGAUGUGCAUGCAGCCUGUCACAUGCAUUCCACAUACGGCCGAGCAUGGUCAGUGUUUGGUAGGCGCCUGGACAUGAUAACUCAGGACUCUGCCACCUUCUUCGGCGAUGCCCAAGCAGUAUACGACGACUUUGGAGGCAUUGUAUUCAAGGAUGAGGAGUCCGAGAAACUGGCACAAGCGCUAGGCCCCAAAGGUAAAGCGCUAAUCCUAAGGAACCAUGGGCUUCUGACCGUGGGGCAGACGGUUGACGAAGCCGCAUUCUUGUUCACGCUUAUGGAAAGAUGUUGCCAAAUCCAAUUGCUGGUCGAGGCAGCCGAGGCAAAUGGAACGCCAAAAAAGUUGAUGAGUGAAGAAGCAGCCGAGUACACAUUCCGCGCCUCUGAUCCUGCCGUCCUGUACUGUGAGUUCCAGCCGGAAUUGGAGCUCGAGAUGGAAUUGAGUGGGGGUGCCUUCUCACUGUAA